CAGUUUGAUUUCGGUCAGCGGGCUUGCGACAGGUCUGCGCGGAGCGGAGCAUCACAAACAUUUGUCCUCCUGCUUUUGUUCGACGGGACAGAAAGCACCGCACUCGUCUUCGAUGAAGCGUGCAUGAAAACCGACCAGGCAAUGUCCACCAUGGUGUAUCCGCGCGAAGACGCCCUGGAGCGCCUGAGCCAGGAUGAGAUCGUCCUCAACACCAAGGCCGUCAUGCAGGGCCUGGAGACGCUGCGCGGCGAGCACGCCCAGCUCCUCAACUCGCUGCUGGACUGCACGCAGCCGCCCGUCGCCCAGGAGAAGUCCGGCCUGCUGCGCAAGAGUCUGGAGGCCAUCGAGCUGGGCCUGGGCGAGGCACAGGUGAUCGUGGCCCUGUCCAGCCACCUGAGCGCCGUGGAGUCGGAGAAGCAGAAGCUGCGCGCGCAGGUGCGCCGCCUCUGCCAGGAGAACCAGUGGCUGCGCGACGAGCUGGCGGGGACGCAGCACAAGCUGCAGCGCAGCGAGCAGAGCGUCGCGCAGCUGGAGGAGGAGAAGAAGCACCUGGAGUUCAUGAACCAGAUCAAGAAGUUCGACGACGACGUGUCGCCCUCGGAGGAGAAGAGCCAGGGCUCCGGAGGCGGCGGCGGCGGAGGGGGAGGGGACACUUCGAAGGACAGUCUGGACGACUUGUUCCCCAACGACGACGACCAAGGACCAGCCCAGCCCAGCGGAGAGGUGGCGGCCCAGCAGGGGGGCUACGAGAUCCCGGCGCGCCUCAGGACGCUGCACAACCUGGUGAUCCAGUACGCCUCGCAGGGGCGCUACGAGGUGGCCGUGCCGCUGUGCAAACAGGCCCUGGAGGACCUGGAGAAGACGUCGGGCCACGACCAUCCCGACGUGGCCACCAUGCUCAACAUCCUGGCCCUGGUGUACAGAGACCAGAACAAGUACAAAGAGGCGGCUCACCUCCUGAACGACGCGCUGGCCAUCAGGGAGAAGACGCUGGGGAAGGAUCACCCGGCCGUGGCUGCGACGCUCAACAACCUGGCCGUGCUCUACGGCAAGAGGGGCAAGUACAAAGAGGCUGAGCCGCUCUGCAAGAGGGCGCUGGAGAUCCGAGAGAAGGUGCUGGGGAAGUAUCACCCGGACGUCGCCAAGCAGCUGAACAACUUGGCCCUGCUGUGCCAGAACCAGGGCAAGUACGACGAGGUGGAGUACUACUACCUGCGAGCCCUGGUGAUCUACGAGUCCAAACUGGGAGCGGACGACCCCAACGUGGCCAAGACCAAAAAUAAUCUGGCCACGUGCUACCUGAAGCAGGGGAAGUUCAAAGACGCCGAGGCUUUGUACAAAGAUAUCCUGACCCGGGCUCACGAGAAGGAGUUUGGAUCCGUCAACAAUGACAACAAGCCGAUCUGGAUGCACGCAGAGGAGCGAGAGGAGAGCAAGGGUAAGCGUAAGGACUCGGGCCCGUAUGUGGAGUAUGGCAGCUGGUAUAAAGCCUGCAAGGUGGACAGCCCCACGGUGAACACGACCCUGAAAAGCUUGGGCGGUCUGUACCGUCGCCAGGGCAAACUGGAGGCGGCGGAAACGCUGGAGGAGUGCGCCAGCAAGUCACGUAAACAGGGAAUCGACGCCAUCAACCAGAGCAAAGUGGUGGAGCUGCUGAAGGACGGGGGGACCGGGGGGAGCGACAGGCGACACAGCAGGGAAGGAACGAACGGGCCGGGGGGACAGCGCGGGGAGAACGAGGGCGACGACUCGGCCGAGUGGAACGGGGACGGAAACGGGUCUCUGCGUCGCAGCGGCUCCUUCGGGAAGAUCCGCGACGCCCUGAGGAGGAGCAGCGAGAUGCUGGUGAAGAAGCUGCAGGGCAGCGGACCACAAGAACCUCGCAACCCAGGAAUGAAGAGAGCAAGUUCCCUCAACUUCCUCAACAAGAGCGCGGAGGAGACCACACAGGACGCCACCCCCGGACUGUCGGACUGCAGGGGACUGAGCUCCAGCAACGUGGACCUCACCAGACGCAGCUCCAUGAUUGGCUAGACAGCAGGGGCGAGGAGGAGAGGCCGCUUGCCGCUUGGUUUGAUCCGACAGACACGCGUUAGAGCUCGAGGCAGAUCAAACACUUUGCAAGCGUAUUUAUUUUUAGAGGAAAAACACUGGAGUAGAACAUCACCAUAACUUAAAAAACAUGAAUCCUGUUUCGCUGCUGCUGCUUCACUGUACAAAACGCCUGCUGCCACCGACCAGAACAGAGGAUAUUUAGAUACACAUUCAUGAGCAUGCUGCUUUCUAGAUGCGUCUGCUGCACCCGAACGCCUCGUGUUUUUGCCCAUAGCACCUUAGCAAAAGAGAAAGCAUCAUAUCCACGUUGUGACGAGUCCCGUUGACCUCGAUCUCCGCUCUGAAGGUCGCUCCGGUUUCCGUUCACAGAUCUGUAUUCCACCUGUAGCAUGAAAAGUAUUUCCUGAUGCUGAAACAGCCAUCGAACUGAAUAUCAAGACGGUACAAUCCGAGUUAGAUUUUCUUUUUAGGAAAACAAAGGUGUAAAAAAGAGAAUACAAGCAAUCUUUACAUAUUUUCAAAAACAGCACUAAUCAUUUAAACCUCACUAUUUGCCUUCUAGUUUAUUUUUUUUUUAUGUGUAUAUAUAGUUUUAAAUUAUUUGAUAUUUCCUUCUUUGUAUAUAGGGUAUAUGUGUUUUCUUUUUGUUUACACUGUAUUGGGUUGAAGACUGGAACAGAAGAGAGGGAAAUAUGAAAGGAAACAGAAAUUGGCAUUUAAUCAAUGAAAUGAAAUAUUGACCAAUUUUAGUACCUCAGACGCUACAAUCCACCGAUAUCGAGAAUAAGCUACCAUUGAGGUUUCAGUCCAAACUGACGCAACGCACUUUGACCAUGACAUGUACUGUACACUGAGCAGCCAUUUUGGAUCUACAGUUAAAUCUGUGAAAUCUGAAUCUGGUAAAAAAAAUUAUUUAUUUUUUUCCAAAUGAACUGUCUCGCUGCGUCAGUGGAUCGAUCUCGCAAGAAAUGGAAAUUGAGAGAAGAAGAAGAAACAAAAAAAAAGGGGGCGGGGCUGGAUAGUUCAUUUGAAAGUAAACUCACCAAUGGACACAAUCACUUUUCUCACGCUCCUCUAGAUACGACCUAUAUUUGGUACGAGAAGGAUUAAUCAAACCUAAUCAAUACUUUCUCCUCCCGCUAUUGAUUCAUUUUUAAUUAAGUCUGAAUGAUAAUGAAGGAAAAAUGUUGUGGAGGAGCGAUUCGAAAAUAUUUUGUUUACAAUCAUGACGGCAGGACAUUUAAGGCGUAAUCGACCCUCAUUCAAAUAUAUUUAUGGGUACCGAUAUUCAGCUGCAACAUGUUUACUGUCAUUCAUGACUUUUGUGUUGUUUUUUUCUUCCCUUUGUUUACUGUUGCUGGAUAAUUAUCAUUAUGUAAAAAAAACAAACAACAAUCCUCAGUGUUUCGUCGUCGAUGCCGACUGCGACCGGUUUCAUUGGUCGCAAACCAAAUCUGCCCGGUGACCAAACACCCUCUGCGAGUUUUUUUCUCGCGCCGGAGCCUUUUGUUGUUCUGUUUGUGCUGAAAACGGAUCAUUUGAAUGUUGAGUCUUAUGUCCAACCGCUGCGUUUAGCACUGGACCUUUCUGUGUGUCGUCUCUUUUGAGAUCAAACUCCACCAAAAAGAAACCUGUCCACAGAAUGUCGGGGGUCGUCGAGAGGUCAGACCCAAGACGACCCGAAUGUGAUUUCUCGAGAAAAAAAGCGUCGACGUUGUUGCGUUCGCACCUUCGUCACGAGCCUAAAUAAACCUCUUCACACUCAUCGCUCUUUUUAUUAUAUUUUUUGCUAGUUGAAUCUCAUCAGCCUCCGAUUGUGCUGAACGUGCAGGGGUUGGGACGCAGGUUAGCGGAUUGUCAUGAAGGACUGAAGGAAGUGGGUUUUUAAGCGGGAAGGAGGAGUCGGCGUUGAAAGAAAAGAAAAGGAAUGAAAAGUGCACCGGAAAGAAAUCGAGGGAGGAAGAAGUGCUUCGAGUGUCGUCGGCAGCAAAUAAUGUACAGAGUUCUCCGUGUGUGAUCUUUUUAUAUGUAUGUUUUACUGUAUGUCACGUUCAAACGCGCGUUAGAGUCGUGGAACAUUUCCUUUUAAUCCCACGCAGACACAAUCUCACCAUGUAAUGUGUAAAAAAUAAAGAAGAGUUGGUGGAACAAUUCUUUGUUAGUUAAAGAUCUCUAGGAACAAUAUAACACACGCACUGUAAUAUCAAUAAACCCUUUCGUGGUAUUAAUCGCUCAUUUAUUCACCUCGGUUUGUCGCAGGGUUAGUUUUCCCUCUGGGGAGAUGUUAUGAACAUUAAUAUUUAGCUCAGUGCAGUAGAUGAGAUGGGGAAAAUAUAAGUCAAUCUACCGCAGUUGUAUAUAUAUCUUCUCUUGAAUCUCUUGUCGCAGGAGGAUUUUGAUCCAAAGCUUCAAAGAUUUAAAAAAAAAAAAAAAAUCAUAUCUUGGUUUCGCUCGUGUCCAAAUAUUUAUGGCGACCGAUGCAUCUGCUCAGAGAUGUCGAGUAUGAGGCUCAUGUAUGUGGUUUUAUGUUUGGGGGGAGGGUGUGCCUAAUGUCUGCUCCUAUAUCGAUGACGAUGAUGUGAAGGGGCCAAUCUGAUGUGUUUUAUCAAAAGUUCAAUAAAUAAAUACAAAAUUCCACUUUUCAAAACGA